AUAUAUCGAUAUUUCUAAGAAUAAUAGUAUAGAGUUACUUAGCCGUGUUAAACAAAUCAAAUUAUGAUAAACAUAUGUAAAACACAAUUGAAUCUGCUGAAAAGUGCAAAUAGUGUGCAGCAACAAGUUCGGACCACGUUCGUCUUAAAGCGCAAAUAUGAGCCCCUGUUACACAAGACAAAUGAAAAACCUCGUCGUCUACGUGCUAAGCACUUCAUCUAUGAACUUGUGGAAGAUACACAAGUUAAAAAGCGUCCCAACAUGGAAGUGGUGCUGAAGACAUUCGUCGAGGGCGUUGGCGACAAGGGUGAUGUGGUAUCAAUGAAACCACAUUUUGUGUACAACAAGUUGCUGCUUCCCGGUUUGGCGACCUACAAAACACCUGAAAACAUUGUCAAAUAUUCGAAGACGGAGGCAGAGAAGUCCACCGUGCAGCACAGCUCGGCAUAUGCACAACGCACUGUUACUAUGCUGGAGUCCAUUGUGCUAGCGGUGAUAAUGAACAAGGAUGAGCCCUGGGUGCUAGAGCCGUGGCACAUUAAAGCUUCCCUACGCAAGGCGGGCUUUCACUGCAAAGAGGAAUGCAUAACGUUGCCUAAAGAGAGCAUUGAGGGGCCUGAUCUACUGAAGGAGAAUAAAGAAUUCAAUUGCACCAUAACGAUUAACAAAUUGGAACAAGCGACACUCAAAUGUCGCAUCCAUCACUGGAGCACCGACCCCAGCGAGCGCUUGCCCUACGUCCUCGAACACUGGAAACUGCCGGCAGAGCCGCUGCUCGAUCGGAGCCAAAUGGAAGUGUCAACAACCGAUGGCCAACAACCAAUUAUUUAAUUAAAAUAUAUUAUAUAAAAG